GCUACCAUGUGCAUUGGACCAGAGGGGGAUAUGAACGGUGUCCUGCCUGGGGAGUGUGCAGUUAGACUGGCAAAAGCUGGUGCUGCAAUUGUUGGGGUGAACUGCCAUUUUGACCCAACAUUUUCCCUUAAAACGGUGGCCCUAAUGAAGCAGGGUUUGGAAGCUGCCAACGUGAAGGCUCAUCUCAUGGUACAGCCGCUCGCUUACCACACGCCCGACUGUGGCAAACAGGGGUUCAUUGAUUUACCGGAAUUUCCCUUUGGCCUGGAGCCGAGGAUUGUUACUAGGUGGGACAUUCAGAAGUAUGCACGGGAGGCCUAUGAACUUGGUGUCCGGUAUAUCGGUGGCUGCUGUGGUUUUGAACCCUACCACAUCCGAGCAAUAGCAGAAGAGCUGGCACCAGAAAGGGGGUUUUUGCCACAAGGAUCUGAAAAACACGGCAGCUGGGGCAGUGGUCUGGAAAUGCACACUAAACCCUGGGUUCGGGCAAGGGCAAGAAAGGAUUACUGGGAGAAACUGGCGCCAGCUUCAGGCAGGCCAUACUGCCCGUCUAUGUCCAGGCCAGAUGCCUGGGGAGUGACCAAAGGAGCAGCGGAGCUGAUGCAGCAGAAGGAAGCCACCACUGAGCAGCAACUCAAG